GCGAGAGAGCCGCCCGCAAUUGACUCUGCACUCUGCUGCCGAACGUUGGAACUUGACAAGCACACAACACUACGUCAAUAUGGGGAGGAAUCGAGCGACGUCCAUCGCCUCGACGCGGAGCGGUGAAGCGCCCACACAAGUAGGAGCUGGGGAGCAUGUACGAUUACCUAGCGAAGACAGUACUGCUUGGGCCAAGCGGUGCAGGAAAAUCAUGCCUCCUCCACCGCUUCGUGCGCGAUGAAUGGCGCGUCCUCUCCUCUCAAACGAUCGGCGUAGAAUUCUCCUCCAAGAUCGUCCACAUCGCCGACCGCAAAUCGUCCUCCCUCUCGAACCGCAAGCGCAUAAAGCUCCAGCUGUGGGACACAGCAGGCACAGAACGCUUUCGGUCUGUCAGUCGCUCCUACUACCGCGGUGCUGCCGGCGCAAUCCUCGUAUACGAUGUCAGCAGCUGGCGCAGCUUUGAGCAGCUGCAGACGUUCCUGAACGAUGCGCGCGCGCUGGCUGGGCCAGACAUCACCAUCAUAUUAGCGGGGAACAAGAGCGAUGUGGUAGAAGGAGGUGCGCCGCCAGCUGGAUACAGCUAUGCUAGCACACCGAGCUCAGACUAUGGGUUACCACCGCCGACGCCCUCGAGCCAAUCUUCGCUCAACCUGAACCUGAACAACCACUACACUAUUGCGCCGGAAGGGAGAGAAGUCUCCCAGGAAGCGGCAUCAAGGUGGGCAAGCGCCAACGGGAUACCAGUCGCGGUGGAGGUCUCCGCGCUGAACGGAGAGAACGUGGAAGAGCUGUUCAACAGGCUGGCACGGAUGAUACUGACCAAGAUCGAGCUGGGCGAGAUUGAUCCAGAUGAUCCGCAGAGUGGCAUUCAGUAUGGCGAUCUAGGGUGGGACGAUGGCACCAGCAGCAUUACAAGCGGGCAUCCCAACGGAUCAGUCAGGUGGAGAGGAGGCAAGAAGAAGCCGAGAACGGAGUGGGAAGAGGUGUUCAGGUUAAGCGGUGGAACAAGGAGAGGAGGCGGUUGCUGUUGAGACUCUGGGGGAGGCUUCUCUGGCCAGCUGGAGCCAGGGUGGUGGGGGAUGGUUGUCGUCUCCUUGUGGGGAUGGUUGUCGUCUUCGUGUGGGGAUGGAUGUCGUCUUCAUGUGGGGAUGCUGUUUCUUGUGCAUAUAUGAGCGAGCGAGUUUUCUCUCUUAAUCUAAUGUAUAUUCUGUCAGUCAAACAUCUAG